GAAUGCCCGUCUCGGUGACAAAGAAUUGAUAUCAGUGAACAGGCACACUUCAGGGAAGGACAAACUACACUUGUUUGGAGGUUUAGAUGAUGUCAGACUCUGAUGUAACUGCUAAUGGCCCCAAAGAUGCUUCACCAUCCACCAUCGCUGUAGGAUUGGUGGAGAUGAAUGGGGACACUUCCGGCGGUGAUGCGGGACACAAGAGAGAGCACUGGUCAUCUCAGUGGGAUUACAUCAUGUCUAUGAUAGGCUACUGUGUGGGAUUUGGUAAUCUGUGGAGAUUCCCUUACCUCUGCAACAGAAAUGGUGGAGGUGCUUUCCUGAUCCCGUUCCUGGUAUUCAUCGUUAUCGCCGCCUUGCCCGUGUUUUACCUUGAGGCGUCUCUGGCUCAGUUCUCUGGCAAAGGUGCUGUACAGAUAUGGAAUUUCUGUCCCUCUCCUCAAAGGUAUAGGUAUUGGAACGGUCAUCCAAGUUGCACUUUGUCAACCCUAUUAUCAAAUCCUUCUGGCCUGGCCAAUCUACUACAUGGUGAAGUCCUGCUCCAGUGUCCUGCCCUGGACAACAUGUGGUAACUGGUGGAACACAGACCUCUGUGUUGAGGACAUCUCCACUUUGAAAGGACAUUCUAUGAACUCUACACACGUCCUGAACUACACGGACGCUGCAGGGUUCAAUGGCACUGGCACCAGCAUUGCAGAACUAUGGAGAAACAAGACCUUAUCACACACAGCUGUGGAGGAGUUCUACCAGUACAACGUCCUCAAUAUAUCAAGUGGAAUACACGAAAUCGGAUCUAUUCAGUGGCACAUAGUGGGGUGCUUAUUUGCGUCGUAUGUGUUGAUUUUUCUAAGUCUGUUUCGAGGAAUCAAGGCUAGUGGGAAGAUUGUAUAUGUGACGGCAUUGCUUCCCUACAUACUGCUGGUGGCGAUCUUCAUUAGAACCUGUUCGCUGCCAGGAGCUGUUGAUGGUAUCCUGUACUACCUUAAACCUGAUUUCAGCAAACUCCUCACAGGGCAGGUGUGGGUGGAGGCGUGUAUCCAGGUGUUUUACAGUCUUGGUCCAGGCUGGGGGAUUAUCAUGACAGCAUCCAGCUACAACAAGUUCCGGGAGCCCACUUUAAGGGAUUCCAUUAUUCUAUGUACUGUAUCAGAAGGAACGAGCAUAUUCGCUGGAUUUGUCACGUUUGCCAUCCUGGGUGUUAUGGCUGAAAGAGUCGGGGUCCCAAUAUCUGAAGUCGUAUCAUCAGGACCAGGAUUAGGAUUCGUUGCCUACCCAGAAGCCCUCUCACAUCUUCCACUUCCACAGCUCUGGUCCUUCCUGUUUUUCCUGAUGUUACUGGCUGUAGGAUUAGACUCUCUGUUUCUGUUUGUUGAGAUCCUCUCUACGACGAUCAUAGAUCAGUUCCCCACAACACUCAGACAUAGACAUGGCUGGGUCACAGGGGUGAUAUGUGUCAUCGCCUUUGCUGCUGGUAUCAUCAUAUGUACACAGGGCGGUCCGUACAUCAUGCAGUUGCUGGACUGGUACCUGUCAGCACUGUCGGUGUUCCUCUUCUGUACCCUGGGUGUGUGGCUGCUGUCUGGCUCUACGGUAAUAUUAAGUACAUUGUGCAGUUAUGUGUUUUGUGAAUCGGCCUUGGUUACUGGAAGAAGGAAAUAUCUGUGUGUUGCCAAUGGGAUAAUCAGGAGGGAUGUCCUCGCAUAAGAACAUCUAGUUUAG